CAGCGCGCACGGGGGGUUUACGUUACUGGUCUCCAUGGAAACAGGAUACACGUCUACGCUCAAAAAUAAAAUGCAACCAAAGCUGAGUUCAGAGGUGAGCUGUGGAGACGGAGAGCAAGCGAGAAAAGUGUCUCAGUCAGCAGAGCAACACUGUGGUAAAAGCGGCACUGUGGAAGAAGUUGAGACUAAAACAUCACCAGGUCCCAGAAUCACUAAGGAGUUUUUAAAGGAGCACUGCAAGCGAAACAAGCUGUACCUGACCCCGAGCUUGAACGACACACUUUAUCUUCAUUUUAAAGGGUUUACUGUAAUCGAGGGUCUGGAGGAGUACACAGGCCUGCUCUGUCUCUGGCUCGAGUGUAAUGGCAUCAGGAAGAUUGAGAAGCUGCAUAAUCAGACAGAACUGCGCUGCCUCUUCAUCCACCAGAACCUCAUUCACACACUGGAGAACCUGGAACCUCUGACCAAACUCAGAACACUAAACGUGUCCAACAACUACAUCAAGGUCAUCCAGAACAUCUCCUGCCUGAGUGAGCUGUCCACACUCCAGAUUUCCCAUAAUGCAUUAGAGAGUGUGAGUGAUGUGCAGGAGCUGUGUCACUGUCCCUCCAUCAGUGUUCUGGACCUGUCACAUAACCGCCUCAAUGACCCAGAAAUUCUCACUGUACUGGAGAAGUUGCCCAAUCUGAGAGUGCUAAACCUCAUGGGUAACAACGUCAUCAAGAAAAUUCCCAACUACAGGAAGUCAGUAAUUGUUCGUCUGGAGCUGCUCACGUACCUGGAUGACCGUCCUGUGUUUCCAAAGGAGCGAGCCUGUGCAGAGGCCUGGGCUGUGGGAGGUUUGGAAGGAGAACGUAAAGAAAGGGAAGUAUGGCAAACAAGAGAGAGGAAGAAGAUUGAGGAGAGUCUAAAUUCCUUGAGACUUAUCAAAGAAAAUGCACUGAAGCAGAGACAUGCUCAAGAGCAGCAGAAGAUGAUCAGAAUCUCUGAGCCUCUAGAAGAUCAGAACGUGUCCAGUGAAGACCUCAAGCAAAUUGAGCAAGAGGAGAAGGAAUCAAAGGAUCUGCCUGAUCUGGAUACCGUCGACAUAGAAACAGUGCCUCGAGUGUUCCGUCCAAUAAUCGAGGUCAUCUCAGGUAGCAGCAGUGACUCAGAACCAGAAGAUAUGUCUCCAGAGUUCUCACUCUUUGGCAAAGUUCCUACCAAAAACACAUCCAUCAGAGAUGAGAGUCUGAUUUUCACCAAGCAGAGAGAAGCAGAGAUGGAUCCCAGAGCAGACGAUGAGCAACACAUGACAGAAGAAAAGCCAAAAAAAUGCCUGAUUGAGGAGCUGGACUGAUGUUUAUAACUGAAAUGAUUUGUGAGUAAAAGUUAAAGGUAUAAAAAUUUGUUUCUAUAGAAAUGGAAGAUAAAAAUAUUCUAAAAUAACAAUUCAUCGUGAAUAGCUUGAAAUAAAUGUUUUUAUUGACUGACACACUGUCACCGUUCCACACUGUGUUUAAAAAAAUAAACAGCUUAUAGGAAUCUACUAAAUACUGACUUAAUUAAUAAAACAAUCAUUUAUCUUA